AACAACGAUCACACUUACCCAAAAUUAUUAACAAAACGCAGCAGGAUCGGAGCAAAUGGCCCAAAAAUGAGUCGCGAUUGUGAUCCCAUGAAAUGGUACCACGGCAACCUGUCCCGCGAGGCAGCCGACGAUCUGCUCAAGCAGGGUUACGAGGACGGAACAUUUCUGGUGCGCGAGAGCAGCACAGCGGCCGGGGACUUUGUGCUGAGCCUGCUCUGCCAGGGUGAGGUGUGUCACUACCAGGUGCGGCGACAUGGUGGCGAAGACGCAUUCUUCUCCAUCGACGACAAGGUGCAGACGAAGAUCCUGCACGGCCUGGACACGCUCGUGGACUACUAUCAGCAGGCGGCCAAUGGUCUGCCCACCAAGCUGAUAGUGCCCUUGAUCCGCGAUCUGCCGCCGCACAACACUCGCAGCCACGGAGUGACCAAUCUGCUGCAUCGCGCCACAAGCAAAAACGAGAGCAAGGUGGUCUUCGAACUGCUCAAGUGCGGCUAUCGGAAUUUCGAUGCCAAGAAUCAGGAUGGGCAGACGGCACUGCAUCUGGCGGCCCUGCACUCGGACGAGGAUAUACUGAAGCACCUGUUGAAUGCCAAGGUCCAGGUCAACAGCUCCGACUCCUUUGGCUGCCAGCCAUUGCACUACGCCGCUCGCUCCAAGCCGACCAGUUUCAUACGCACACUCAUCUCGGCACAGGCCAAUGUCCAGGGCAGAAACAUCGAUAAUGGCUAUGUUCCGCUGCAUGAGGCUGCCAAGCACGGCAACCUGGAGGCUGUGCAAGAGCUGCUCCUGGCUGAAGCUCCGCCGUUGCCAAGAACAAGUUCGGGUGAAUUUCCAUUCGAUCUGGCCAAGGAAGCGGGCCAAACGGCAGUGGAGGAAUUCCUGCUCAACUACAAGCUCCCACCGGCAAAUACCACAAGAGAUCAGUGGUACCAUGGCACUCUGACCAGAGACGAGGCCGUAGCCAUACUAAAAAAACAUGCCAAGGAGUUAUUAGCCAAACAACCGGAAGUGGAUACCUCCGGUUGCUUUCUGGUUCGCUAUUCCGAAUCGCCGGCGGCCUCGGGAUUGGUUCUAACGUUGCUUAGUGAUCAGGUGGUCAAGAAUUUUCGUAUUUCGCAAGCGGAUCUCUAUCAGAAUGGUGUCAAGGUGCAGUCCGGCGGGUCCAAGUUUCUGUACAUUGAUGACGGUCCCUACUGGCCAAGCGUGGAACAUCUAAUAGCCCACUUCAUGCGCUUCUCUUACGGGUUGCCAGUGAGCCUCAAGUAUCCGGUUCCGCCACAGCCCAAGCCAGAGGUGCCCUCGUUUGCCACAAUACCUCGAUCAUCGGUGAAGCCAAAAGCUACCCCGCCCACUCCAGUAUCGCCACAUUCGCAUCAUCAACACUCGCACGUUCCCGCCCUGACCAUAACGAAAAAAAAGCAGAAGGAGAACAGUAGCUCAAUGUUCAACACUCUGCGACUGACGAGUCCGAAGAAAUCGCUGUUCGACAUGAACAGCCUGCGCAAAAGCAAGUCCAAGGGCAAACGCAGUGAGUCCGAGAGCACUGUUAGUGGUUCUCUGGCCAGAACGGAGCAGGAGCUGCAGGCAGCGGCACCCAUGCUGAAGAGCCUGUCGUUCUCGACGGAGUUCUCAACGUUUAACGCGGAUGGCGGAGCUGGUGCUGGCGAAGUGUACAACGUGCCCAGGAACAACACGCCCAUUGAGAUUGACCUGCCACCGAUUGCCCAAAAGACUGAAGCCGAAGUUGAGUACUUCACGAAGAGUGAUGUGGCCAUAGAGCGCGAGCGAGCAGGCCAGUGGAUUGCCAACGGUUACCAGCCCACAGUGGACGUGCUCUCCCUGUUGGAUCAGCAGAUCAAGGCGCCCGCCGUGGCACGACUAAACUCGGUUGGUCCGACCGCAUCGACGGAAAGUGAGAUGGCCAGCUAUCUGCAUCGCAAGUGCAGCGGUACGCCCAGCACACCAAGCGCCACUGAGGUGGAGGCCGCCAAGCUGAGGUUCUUUAUUGAACCAGAUAAUCUAGUGCUGGAUAGAGAGAUCGGGCACGGGGAAUUCGGUUCAGUGCACAGUGGAUGGCUGCUGAGGAAGAGUGGUGCUGGCGAGGAAUCCCGCAUGGAGGUGGCCAUUAAGAUGCUUAGCGACGAGCACAGCAACAAGCAGGAGUUCCUGCGCGAAGCAUCAGUUAUGAUGCGGCUGGAGCACAAGUGUAUUGUGCGAUUGAUUGGCAUUUCGAAGGGUGAAAUGCUCAUGAUGGUUCAGGAGCUAGCUCCGCUCGGCUCCAUGCUGCAGUACAUACUGGAUCAUGGUCAUGAGAUCACGGCCAAUUCGGAGCUGAAAGUUUGGGCGUCACAGAUUGCGUGUGGCAUGCAUUAUCUGGAAUCUCAGCAUUUUGUGCACCGCGAUCUGGCCGCCAGAAAUAUAUUGCUGACCGCACGCCACCAGGCGAAGAUCAGUGACUUCGGCAUGUCGCGAUCCCUGAGGCCCGGUAGCACGGAAUACCAAUUCACCCAGGGCGGACGUUGGCCCAUUCGCUGGUACGCACCGGAAAGCUUCAACCUGGGCAUCUUCUCGCACGCCAGUGAUGUGUGGUCUUUUGGCGUGACCAUCUGGGAGAUGUUUUCCUUGGGCGCACCGCCAUAUGGGGAAAUAUCUAAUGUCGAUGCCAUCAAGUUGGUGGACAGUGGCGAACGCCUGCCGCAGCCCAAUCUCUGUCCAGCUUACAUCUAUGCCGUGAUGCAGAGCUGCUGGAAGGAACGACCCAAGGAUCGGCCGACCUUCGUCUAUCUCACCGAGUUUUUCGCCCGCGAUCCUGAUUACCAAAACCUGCCGGAAUUGGUGCAAACGGUUCACAUUUAAGCCAGUUUCCAUUUUCGACUUCUUCCGUUCUGAGUGCAAUUUUCUGUAGCUAUUUCUGUAAUAACUUCUAUUCCGUUUUUAACGUAUUAACGAUCUGGAAACCACAGAUCACUAUUGUUGUCCCCUAUCCUAGUAUUCAUGUUUAUAGCUUGUAAUAUAUUUUUUAAUCAUAUGUGUACAACCAAUUUGUGUCAAAAGAAAGCGAACAAGUGCCUUAAAAGAUUUAGCAUAUAAACUUUGUAUUCAUUUUUACAAAUUCAUUUUGUUUCAUUGGUUAUACAAAAUAAAAAAUAUUUUUAUACA